AAAAAACCGAAUGACGUAAGGGUUUUUUCUUAUCUCUGGCUGAAGACAGAAGGCAUAUGGUAUCGUGAGAUACAUUACGUAAUGGAUAACGUAAUCUGUUUUGGACUGAGAAAAAUGUGGCGCAAGGGUCAUUUUUUUCUUGGUAUGGCGUUUUAAAACAUAUAACAGUAUGCCUAAAAUCUUCAAAUCUUCAUUUUACAGUUACGAUUUUUGUAGUCAGUUCAGCUUUACGUAGAAUUUCUGCUUUAUUUUCAAUUCUGGGUUCGCGGACUCUGUCCUUUUUUUAUUUUCAUCUCGAAAGUCCUGGUGUUUUCCUGGCAAGAAUGUGGUAACGGUGCCAAGAGGCAAACACUUCAUUAUUAUGGAGGAACCUCUUAUAAUACAGAUCUAUCUAAGUGAUGACGUCCAGGUCGAUUGGCACAUUUCGUCUCCAAGGACGGUCACGUUCCAAGACGUAUUGGACGCAAUAGCCCAGGCAAGUGAUGACAAAUUGUUGGCGACAUACUUUGAAUAUAAAGAUGAGGAUGGUGAUCGUAUCACCGUGAAGUCAGAUGAAGAACUUCACGCCAUGAUAAAUUUUCACAUGGCACCAACCUACAGUCAAGGCGGCGCUUUCGUGCAUGAGGGCAACGGUCUUCCCCACCUGCCAAGUUUAGUGGUUUAUCCAAAAAACAGUAAACCAGCGAGAAGUAGAAACGUCCAUGAUUUAAAAGUUGCGAUUGCGCCAACUGCGUCUUCAAAAAUUUUAUCAAACAACUUGGAUAUCACUGUUGAUGAUGCCAUGCAAGCACAAGAACCUUGUAGUAGUUUAGCUUGUGAAAAUGACAGAAACUCACCAGCAGGAAAUACAGACUCAUUUGAAGUUGGGCAAAUUGGCAACAAUACUUUGCUGUUUCUAGAAACAAUCGGUAACGGCAACAGUGGAGUUGUGCAGAGAGCCGUGCACCGACAGUCUGGUACAAUCACCGCAGUAAAGUCGAUAACUUUAGAUUUAACGGAUGAAGAGCAAAAACGAAUUCUUUUGGAGCUUAAAAUAUUACGAAAGUGCAAUGGAUCUCCAUUUAUUAUUUCAUUUUAUGGAGCUUAUUUUGAUGAAAACCGUGUUUUGUUGUGCACUGAGUUUAUGGAUGGUGGUUCACUGGAUAAACAUGGAGUGGUACCGGAACCUGUGUUAAGAAAUGUGGCGAGUGCAAUUUCAUUUGGUUUGAAACAUCUAUGGAGUUUGCGUAUCAUGCAUAGAGACGUGAAGCCUUCCAAUGUAUUGGUUAACAGUUCGGGCCAGAUUAAGCUAUGUGACUUUGGUGUGAGCACCCAAUUAGUGGAUUCCAUUGCAAGGACAUAUGUUGGCACUAAUGCAUACAUGGCACCAGAGAGAGUGGUUGGAAGGGAUUAUACAAUCUACUCUGAUGUAUGGAGUUUUGGGUUGUCUCUUUGCGAACUAGCACUUGGAAAUUUCCCGUACCCUCAACUUGCGGCCAAGAUAGCAGGUUCCAAAGGUGUUGUUCCUAUGGAGAUAAUGCAAUGCAUUGUAAACGAUGACGCACCACGAUUGCCACCCGAACAUUUCUCACCGGAUCUCGUGGAUUUUGUCAUCUGUUGUUUGCAGAAGGAAGCUGACAAGCGUUUACUUCCAGAACAACUUUGUCUUCACCAUCUUGUUACAACUACAUGCCAGUUGCCAUUGGCCCAUAGACUUGGUGUAGUGUCGCAGUGGUUGAAACAAGCACUAGCACAAAAUGGAUAACUUAGGGAGUGAAAUAGAACAGCCUGCUGGUCCAGGUCGUUUUACAUUUUGCUGGCGUUGUAAUUUUUUAACUGUCAGUCCAUCCGAAAUUUUAAGGUACUGUGUCAAUACAUCAAGGUGCUUCAGAGGACAAGUAUGCUAUGCUAGUGGAGGCAGUCCAAUUCAGUAGAGAUUUAAUCUGAACAUUCCUUCUUCUGUUUCAAACAAAAGUAAAUCAUUCUAGUUAGUUAAAUCUAUUAUUGUCAUUGUAAAAAGGUGUUUAUAACACGGCCAGUUAAAUUGUGCCUUUCCUGCUAAUCAUGCCCCACCAUCUAUGCUAUGUCUAUGUGGUUUAUAACAAGUUCAUAAGUUAAACAUGGGUCACCAUGCCAAUUACCCUUACUGUGUGAUGUGGUACUGAAACGCACAAAACUUUUUUCUCUUCUGUAUUUUUAUCGCUUUAGAGUUUCAAGAUGCCUUUUAUCGUUUUAACUUCUGUAAACAUCAAACUUACAUCCAGAAAUCACAGUUAGCCUGUUUGAUUAUUUUGAUCUUUUAAAAAAUCUUUUAAAUGUUUCACCAAGGUUACUGAAAUGAUUUCAAAUUAGCGCAACACUAUUUUUCUACAUGGGUGAGGUCCUAUGGUGAGACACGCUAGUGGAACUGGGUGUUUUGCCAUAAAUGCCCCAUGCAAUAUAACAAUACUAUAUUAAUCAGUUGCUGGCUUACAAAUAUUUUGAUAACUCCAUUUUUUGUCCUUUCAAUCUUUUCCUGAUUGAAUCAGAUUUUCAAUUUUUGAAUCUUUUUGUGACAAGAAUCGUAACUUUUGGUUAACUUUUUUCACAGAAACGUUUGGAUGUAUUUUACUAUAAAUCCGUAUGUAACUUUGCGGGUCAAUUUUUAAUUGUAAUUGGAUAACUGGUAAUAUUAUAAAGCAUAUGUGUCCAAUGUAAACAAAGUGUUAAAACUAAACGUACACUGCUUUAAUUUAACUUUUUUUCCUUCUAUUUAUUAUAAACCGCACUCUAAAUCAUGAUAGAGUUUAAAAUAAGCAUAAACUAACAAGGCAUGACCAUUUCACUAUUAGCUCUAUGCAGUCAAUAGUAAUUUCUACUUGCUGCAGCAUUUCAAUUUUUUAGCUCCGAAAAAUUUCUAUCGUUUUAUAUUAGCUUUCCUUUGCAG